AUGGUGAGAGCAACAGUAAGUCGUUCAGCAUUUUUGUGGCGAUUAAUCAAUGAUAAACCAAAUUCAGAAGACAGAUUUCAUCAUAAUGAUGGUGAUUCAAAGAAAUUCGAAUGUUUAAUGAAUUAUUUAGUAAAAAAUCGUGUACCAGAUAUUUUACCAUGCAGUGUUCGAGAUUUAUAUAAUGAAACAUUAUUCUAUGAUAAACAGGAUAAAAGCUCGAAAUCUCCUUCCAAAACUUCAUUGUCUUCAUCUUCAUCAAAUGACUCGUGUUCAGAAUCGGCCAAACAUUUUAUGAAACAAUUAACAGUUGAAGAUGUUAAAACAUGGCUUCAACAAACAAUGUUUCAUCAUUUAGCUGAAAUAUGA